UCACUAUCGUGACGCAUCGCUUCCGGGACGUCAGUCGCUGCUCUCGUGCCCACAGCGAAAGGGAAAAUGUUGGCGCGCUCUCGAUGGGGCUUGCCGUGCCGUCAGUGACUGCUCCUGUGUAACAAACGUAACAACGAUCGCGCCCUUCGGCGACCUCAACUGUCAAAAUUUGGUUUUCUGCGAAGCGCGCUGAUACGGCCCGGUCGGUUCGUACCUCGAUUUGACUCGCGAGAGAGAGAGAGAGAAAGAGCGAGAGAAAGAAGGAGAAAGCGAGACGGAGUGAGUGGAAGAGAGUGAGAUAGAGAGGGAGACGUAGAGCAGGUGCAAAACUACAUCGCCGUGUAGAGGUCCCCGCGUUAGGGAAGAGCCAGACAGAGUGGAGGAAAGAGAGAAGAAGGCAUACGGAGGAGAGUAGUGACAUGGCGUCGUUGGCGGUAUCAAUAGCGAAGAAUGAGUUCAUCGUGGGUGGCAAGUAUAGAUUGAUGAGGAAGAUCGGCUCAGGCUCCUUCGGUGACAUUUACCUCGGCAUCAACAUCUCCAAUGGCGAGGAAGUGGCAGUUAAGUUGGAAAAUAUGCGAGCCCGGCAUCCGCAGCUUUUAUAUGAAUCAAAGCUGUACAAAAUAUUACAUGGUGGCAUAGGAAUACCACACAUACGUUGGUAUGGACAGGAACGCGAAUAUAACGUUCUUGUCAUGGAUCUUCUUGGACCAUCUCUCGAAGACCUUUUCACUUUUUGUUCAAGAAGGUUCACAAUUAAAACAGUUCUAAUGUUGGCAGACCAAAUGAUUGGUAGGAUUGAAUAUGUUCACUGCAAACACUUCAUCCACAGAGAUAUAAAGCCAGAUAAUUUUUUAAUGGGGAUUGGACGACAUUGUAACAAGCUGUUCCUCAUCGAUUUUGGAUUGGCUAAAAAGUAUAGGGAUAGUCGUACGAGACUGCAUAUAAUAUAUCGCGAAGAUAAAAAUUUAACGGGUACUGCAAGGUAUGCUUCUAUUAAUGCACACCUUGGAAUUGAACAGAGUCGUCGCGAUGACAUGGAAUCACUCGGCUACGUUCUUAUGUAUUUUAAUCGCGGAUCAUUACCUUGGCAAGGUCUCAAAGCUGCAACGAAGAAGCAGAAAUACGAAAAAAUUAGUGAAAAAAUGUCUACGCCAGUAGAAGUCUUGUGCAAGGGAUUUCCCGCCGAAUUUGCAAUGUAUUUGAAUUAUACGCGGGGUUUACGUUUCGAAGAAAGCCCCGAUUAUAUGUAUCUGCGCCAACUUUUCCGCAUACUUUUCCGUACAUUGAACCAUCAAUAUGAUUUUACAUUUGAUUGGACAAUGUUGAAGCAAAAAGUAGCAAGUGGUACUGUUGGUAGCGGAGUAUCAGCAGCUGGACCAGGUCUCUCUCAAGGUGCUCAAGGUGCUCAAGGGCAAGGACAAGGUCAAGGUCAAGCACCUACUCAGGCCAAUGCUCAAUCAGGAGCACGCUAAGACUAUAACUCCUCAUUGUAGCAACAGUCUUGAUCGCGAUCACUAAAGUGUUUCAAACGAGGUACCGAACUUCAACAAAAAAAUCUCAUUCAGAGAGUCAUAUCAGUCAACACUCUAAUUUCGCAAUGAGAGAACGCAAUUAUGCGAUUACAAAUGCAGCAUUUGCGACAAGAAGAGCUAAUGGUACGUCGCAUAAUUACUUGAGCUAUACGAGAUAUUUCUUGCGUAACAUUGGCAACUUAGAGUUUCGGUUGAUUGAACUCUUUGGAUUUAGAGUGUGAGUGAGACCAGUCAACCAGAAAAUGGCUUGUUCUUAUUUUGUUAUUACGUAUUUAAUUUACCGUUGGUAAUCAUUGAAAAAUAAAGAUUUUGAGAUGUCCCGAAAAAAAGAUCUUUCUAAAGAGAGUGCACGUGAUACUGUACUUGAAAAUAGAGCGGGUGAUUAAAUCACAAAAUCGUUAUCAUAAUUUUCAUGGAGAGAAAGAGAGAACACAUCCAAUCGAUUCUCGGAAUCUGUGGAGCCGUGUCUCGUGAAAAAUUUUAUAUCUAAAAAUAGAAAGUUUUUUUUUUUUUCGUACGAGUUGUACUGUUGGGCGAACCGACAUCUUGCUUCCUAAAUUUCGUUUUGUCUUCAAUAUAUAGCGAGCAUACUAGCGUAUGUAGAAUGUUGAGAAAGUGUUAAUAUUUUUCUUAUCAAAGAUGGUGUGUCGAUAGUAUCAAAGAUAUCAGGUAGCAUCUUUGAUACAUUUGACUGGAAUAACUUUUUUUUAUAUAAUAAAGACACAGUGAUGUCUCCCUCCCCUCGUAUAAUAUUGAGAGAUUAUAAUAAAGAUACCUUAAUGUUAAGGCAAACACAAUCUAACUUUUAAGUAUGUACCGAAUACUAUAUCGAGUAACGAAUCUUACUCCAUCGAGAAACGAACAAACAAUUAACGAUUCUGUCAUAGAAAAAUAUCCCUCGAAUUCAUACUCUCUUUCUGUCUGUGAAUAUGUUUACCAUGAAUUAUACUGACAAUGAAGCAUACAAUUGUCGCUGACGAGAAAACAACAAACUUUGCAAAUAUAUACAGCGGGAAAUAGU